UUCGGCUGGCUGUGAAGGAAAGGGGGGGAGAGCAAGCAACAAGAAGGAAGAGAAAUGGCGACGCUGGUUCGCCAACUACAAAGUCUCGGUCCGUUGACGGUGAACGGUGUCCCGUCUUCACCUCCACCACACACUUCCGCUCCCGGGACAGGAGGCGCGCGCCGUCGCUCUGUUCGCCGCGUCUGACGUACUGGGGGAACAGCUGUAUAGCGAGUAGAGAGGAUAGCCGCCCCACCUGACUCCCUCAAAGCCAUGCACAGCAAGAACCAGAGGAGACACGGUUCUGCAAGUGGUUCACGAGCCCCUCUGGUGCCCCUGAAGGCUAAGAUGUCUGUGAGUCAGAGUGAAAUCGAGCCUCUGCCAUUUCGUGUGCCUCGCGACUACCCGCACUCUCGCUUCAGCAAAGCCCCACUUGCUGUCUACCCUCCCAAAGGUGCCCGAACAAAACCCUGUGUGUCCUUACCCGUGGUGAGUCUGGAGAAGAUGCCCUGUUUCAGCCGUUCAGAGGGAGCGCAAAUCAAAGUCAGCUCUACUCCAUCUACAGCUGGCUCAUCACUUUCUGUCCCCUCUUCAUCCUCUGCAUCUUUCUCACCAUCCUCCUCUUCACUGAAGUCCACCCUCGCAUCAUCAACACCUUGCAGGAAUCAGGAAAAGCUUGUGAAUGGCCGAGGGAACGCAACCCCACGCUCCUCCACACCCCCCUUAUUGACUGAUAGGCGGCCAAGCCCGUCGCAGUUGUCUCCCUUGGACAAGCGGCUCACCACAUCUCCGUCCUCACAGGACAGAAGACCUGCUACAUCUCCUUCUCCAUCCUCGGUGGACAGGAGACCCGGUGUCUCACCCACUCCACCAGAACGAAAACAUCUGAACGGAGCAAAGAGCAGCAGUCAUAGGAGAGUUUCAGGUAGAGUCUAUGAUCCGAAUAAGCACUGUGGAGUCAUAGAUCCAGAGAGCAAGCGGCCUUGCACUCGAUCUCUUACAUGCAAGACACACUCUUUGACUCAUCGUCGUACAGUCCCAGGUCGGAAGAAGGACUUUGAUAUUCUUCUGGCUGAACAUAAGGGCCGGGCUAAAGAGAAAGAUGCAGGGCAGAAGAGGGAAGCAGCAACUAGCCAAUCAGCUCAGCCGACCCAGCCACUCAGUCCUCCUUCCAGCACACCUUCAGGUUGUCACAAUGGCAAGACCACGCCUACUGUCAAGCUGCGGCUGGCCAGCACACAUAUCCAGAGAGGCACUGCAGCUGGAGGUGCAGUGGUGCUCAGUUCCACGACUCUUCCUGUCCCUGAUCAUAUACCUAGCUACCAGAGUUAUGGCGGGGACGUCCAUGAGUCCAGCGAUGAGGCAGAAGCUGAGCUUGCUGAGGAACUGGAGAAAACUUCAUGUCAUUACUCAUCUUACCACCCACGACCCAUUCGUUGGUGUGCAUUCAGCAGCCGGUUGAUGGGACAGGGCCACUACGUGUUUGACAGACACUGGGACAGGAUGAGGCUUUCGCUGCACUGCAUGGUGGAGAAGCAUGUCAAUGCUCAGAUGUGGAGGAAAGUCCCUCUCGCGGCAGACAGUGUGCCUAGCAUGUCUGAAUCAUCAUCAUCGUCUCUGUGCAUGUCACUCCUCCCCAGCCCCACUCCACCACUCGACUCUGUUUCCACCGUGUCCUGCUCCACCCCUUUCUCCCAGAAUGGCUCCAGAAUCUUCUGCCUCCAGGAAUCCAGACUGCAGCUAAACAAAGCAGCCAAGUCAUUAAAGUCUUCUGCGGUAGAUGUGUUGUUGAAAAAGCACAAGCCACCUCUUGUUGCUGAGAAAAGGAACGGGAGCGGCUACCAUCUUUCAGGCCCUGCACACAUCAGCAACGGCACAGCGGCCUUGAGCAUACGGUCCAAACCAAACCAGCCAGGGGGAAGUCAGGGGCUGGGCAGCACGGACAGAUACACCAGCAUCGACUUAAACCUGCCCCAGGCGCCAAAGGGCAAUAAUCACGGGCCAGUUUUGUCCCAAAGCCUGCUGCCAUGCGGAUCCACAGAGGGACGCAAACGCAAAACCUUGGGCUCUGAGCGAGCUGGCAAAGUGACCAAAACGACGGCGCACAAUGAAAUCUUCCAGAAGAGCAGCACUGCUUUGCUGUCCUCGGCAGCUGAGGCGUCCCAUAGCGCCCUCUCCAGACUGUCCAAGGUGCAUCAGUGACACUGGCUGAGGUGGAACAUGGAAAGCAGCUUUGCAGCAGUGACCUUUAACCCUCCUCUUUUACACACGGUGGUGACCUUUGGCCUGCCUCGGCCUGCCUGCAGCGUGGCGACCCUACAUGGCACUGUGUGUGAGGGUGUGUGCCCGCGCCCCCUGACUGUUUGCUGACGAACCCGGGCGUGGCCCAUCUGGUUUGUUUCAGUCCUGCACUUUGUCAUUGGUCAAACAAACUGCCAUUUCAUUCUGCCACAGAGCCGCGAAGAACCAGCGUGACGUUUUGGACAUCCUACAUCUCCAGCGCGUUUUUAUUUCCAGGAGUGUGUCGGUGUGGAAGAGCAGAACAGUAAAGACCAGCUGCUCGGAGUGCUGUGAGAGCGAGGCAGGCUCUUCAGUGGAUCUAAAGUGCUCUUAGCAUCCUGGCAUGUCCUGACUGUCUGACAGGCUGCAGAGGAGAAACAAACAGACAAAAGAAAUAAAGCGUUUCACCAAGGGAAUAUUUUAUAGAUGCUUUUUGGCAAGCUGUAUUUUUCUAAAGAGGGCGAAUUCAGGUUUUUGACUAUUUUGCAGUUUUUCUGUCACAAGUGUUACUGAAGAACACAAUGUUCAGGACUCGGAAAGCGAACUAGCAUAGUGUUAAAUUUUGUAUAAUAAUUUAUCCCACAUAUUAAUUUUCCUAACUGACCUGGCUUAUGGCAUUGCUCAAAGAUAUAUUUCUAUGUCAUUAUAAAAGUUUAAGUAUUAUUCUAAUAGACACAUUAUUGUUGGGAAUAUGAGUGCAUAUCUAUUUUUUUUUUAAUAUUUAUUAUUAGUGUCUUUCAGAGCUUAGGAAUCUAGAAGCUUCUGUCUUCCCAGAUCUUGAGAAUAAGAUUUUUUUUGUUUGUUUGUUUGUUUCCUCUUCUUUCUCAUGGCUGAUCUGAGCGCUUGCGUGAUUUUAAGAGACACUCAACCGCAAGCAGUGAGAAGAAUCACAGUUUCUGAAGCCGAGUCAGUUUUCCGUAACAUUUUCAGCGAAUUCUGACUGAGCAAUUAAAGGAGAACUGAAGUCAUUUUUAAACUUGCUUUAUUUCUUAAUUAAUGUGUUAUUCAAUUACAGUACAUUUUCGGUUUUAGUAACCUUAUAUCGUGACUCGUAUUGGCAACUAAUUGCAAUUAAAUAUUAUACUUAUCGGCCUAUUUGGUUUUUAGCCAUGUUGAAUGUAGUUCGUUUGGUUCACAGCAGGCGUCGCUUAUCCACGCGAUCUUCACGAGACUUGUGCAAGACUUUGAAAUGUGAAGUGUCAGCGCCACCAUUUUGAAAACUGUUUUCCAAACCAAAUAUUGCACAAAAACGAGUUUAAAUAACAAUUACUGUCUACUUUUUUCAAACUUUCCUGAUUGCUAUCAAAACAAACAAAACUUCCGGCUUGAUUGCAUCAGCAUUCGAAAGAGGGCACAUGCGUCUUUUGACAACGUUGGCAGAUGUUGGUCACUUUGAUUUCCGCUGGACGUUUUACUUCCAUCCUACGAUGUCUCGCACAGGUCUCAACGAAUCUCGUUUACGGCCAUUGCUUUGACAUAUGGACUGAUGCAUCACAUAGCAUAUUUCAAACACUCAUAACUUGCUAUAGCAGUGACAAAAUAAAUAGCUAUCAAAAAUGCAUUCCUAUAUUUAAUAAAAUGAGAGAAUUUUGAUGAUAAAAAUAUUUGCCUUCAGUUCCCCUUUAAAAGUUAUGCUCAGUGGGAUUUUGGUCCGUGUUGCUUUUCAGAAUGUCGAUGAACACCAUCUCGUUUUAUUUUUCAAUUUAUAAAAGAAUUUCACCAUGAAAGAUCUGAUUAUUAUUAUUAUUAUUAUUAUUAUUAUUAUUAUUAUGUUCUGGACCUGUAGUGGUUGUCAUGUUCAGGAUUGAAGACUCGACAUCACUGUAAACCUGUCCUGACUGUUCCAGCUGUGUUUUUUCUCCACUGAGUCACACAGAUCUUCUUUAUAACCUUCGUGCUCUUGUGAAGACACAACUUUACAGCAUUUGUAAGCUUUCCCCAUUUUUGCACUUUUGUCUCUGAACAGGAAUUUAAUAUGUUUCUAUUUAUAAAGUUAAAAUGAGGCAUAUCAUGAGGAAUAAGCAAAGAUUUCUGUACAGUUUUGUCAAUACUGUGUAAGGACAGGAGUGUGUGAGCCGUGUGUCAUGCUGGUGAAGAACGCUCCCUGGAUUCCGGUCAUUAUUACCGCAUUGCCUUGCCUCUGGUCAGCUGCCAGAGAUAAAAACCCUCCAACCCCGACCAGCUCUUUCUCUUCCAGGUGAUCGUGUACAGUGUACUCAGGAGAUGGUUUGGUCAUGCGCAUGAGAGUCCUGUAGAGCUUCUUUCAGUCUUGGAUGAAAGAACCGAGAACAAAAAACACCUGGAAUUCGGUUUGUUAUUUCGUGCCCCGUCUUUAUCAGGUCAAUGCAAUGAUCAGUGCAGUCACUGCUCCAAGAACAUGAGAACAUUAGAUCAUGACAUACAGUCAUGUGAAAAAGAAAGUACACCUUCUUCCAGUUAUAUGGUUUUACCCAUCAAGACACAACAAAAAAUCAUCUGAUCCUUACCAGGUCCUAAAAUUAUGCAAAUCUCACCUCAGGUGUAAAGCAACACACAACAGAUUCCACCGUGUCAUUAUUUAUUUAACAAAAAUUAAGUGAAAAUGCAGAAUGCUUGUGUGAAAAAGUAAGUACACCCCAUGAUUCAAUAGCUUGUAGAACCACCUUUUGCAGCAAUAAUUUGAAGCAGUCGUUUUCUGUAUCAUUUUAUCAGUCUCUCACAUCCUUGUUGAGGAAUUCUGGCCCACUCUUCUUUACAAGAUCAAAAGUUAAAGUCCUUUCCCACGCCAUGUGGCACAUAGGGUGGCGUCGAUCUCCGUAGCUCUCUGCCUCUCGCAUAGCUAGGGUUACAGUGGUGGGCGAGUCCUCUGGUAACCACGAGAGAUUGACUCCCCAGUCACAUCUGUAUUGCAGUGUGCCUUGCCAAUCGGCAGUAGGUACCAUUUUUAUGAUGGUCUUUGGUAUGAUCCGACCGUGAGUACCGUAGAACUCGCGAUCUCCUGAUCGAGAGGCGGACACGCUAACCACUAGGCCAACUCGCGGUUUACAACCUUGCUUCAGUUAAUUCAUGUUGGAGGACAUUUGUUUAUGCACAGUUCUCUUAAGGUCCUGCCACAGCAUUUCAGUUGGGUUGAGGUCUGGACUUUGACUUGGCCAUUCCAAUACCUUGAUUCUUUUCUUUUUCAGCCAUUCUGCUGUAGAUUUGCUGAUGUGCUUGGGAUCAUUGUCCUGUUGCAUGACCCAAUUGCAGCCAAGCUUUAGCUGCUGGACAGAUGGCCUCACGUUUGCCUCUGCAAUACUUUGGUAUACAGAGGAGUUUGUGGUUGACUCAAUGACUGCAAGUUGCCCAGGCCCUGUGGCUGCAAAACAAGCCCAAAUCAUCACCCCUCUGACAUGCUGUGUUUGGUUUUCGCCAAACAUAGCGCUGUGCAUUAUGGCCAAACAUUUCCACUUUGGUGUCAUCUGUCUAAAGGACAUUGUUCCAGAAGGCUUGUGGCUUGUUCAGAUGCAUUUUUGCAAACCUAAGCUGUGCUGCCAUGUUCUUUUUAGAUAGAAGAGGCUUUCUUCUGGCAACCCUUCCAAACAAGCCAUUCUUGCAUAGUCUUUUUCUAAUUGUAUGUCAUGAACUUUACCAUGCUAACUGUAGCCUGUAGAGUCCUAGAUGUAGUUAUUGGGUUUUUUGCAAUUUCUCUGAGCAUUGCACGGUCUGAACUUGGAGUAAAUUUUUUGGGAUGUCCACUCCUGGGAAGGUUGGCAACUGUCUUGAAUGUUUUCCACGUCUGAAUAAUCUUUCUCACAGUAGAAUGAUGAAUUUCAGAUUGUUUGGAAAUGGCCUUAUAACCCUUCCCAGACUGAUGUGCAGCAACAAUUGCUUCUCUAAGAUCAUUGCUGAGGUCUUUCCUCCUUGUCAUUGUGUUAACAUGCACCUGAGUGCUCCAGACCAGCAAACUGCCAAAACUUCUGCUUUUUAAGAGGUGGCCACACUUGCUGAUGAUCAAUUAAUCAAAUUCAUUUGAUCAGCAACACCUGGCUGCUAAUUGCCUUCAUAAUUUCUAUGGAAGCAGUAAGGGUGUACUUAAUUUUUCACACACUGCUACUGCAUUUUUGGCUUACUUUGUGUUAAAUGAAUAGUGACAGGGUGAAUAUGUCAUGUGUUACUGGUCAUCUGAGGUUGUAUUUGCCUAAUUUUAAGACCUGGAAAUGACCAGAUGAUAUUUUUUAUUACGUCCUGACACUUAAAACUUAAAGAGGGUGUACUUUCUUUUUCACAUGACUGUAUAAAUCAGAAGUGAUAUGAUCUGAUGACUCAUAUUGCACUGUCUUCACUUGACUCAAUCCAGCUCAAAAACACGAUGGGGGUUUGAGCAUGGUGACGUUUACACCUGUGGGAGGACCAGAUAGAGGUUUGUUCAAGUUCUCUUCUUUUAAUACAAUACCAGAAACAGAUUCAUCAAGAACAUUCCAUGACCUGCUGGGAUGAACAAACAUUUCCAGCAUGCAGUUUGUUCCCACCUGCUGGAAAGUCAUGAUCUUUAUCUUCUCACAUCACCCUCAUGUCGUUUACGCCAACCUUUGCAGCACCCUCUGAGAUGUGCACCACCAUGUCAGCUGAAUGUUCCACCUCUCAGACACCCCACCAAGCAGUGACCGCAGUGGUCUUUGCGCACACACACACCCUCAAGGACGGGGACUUCAUGCUUUUCUUUCCCUCAGUGAUUUUGACAGAAUUUAUUCUCAGGAUUAAAUUAUGAAGGAAAACCAAUCAGGCAUGUGGGCAUGUGUCACAUCAACAGGCCAGAAAAUACAGAUGAAUCCAAACACCUGCUGAUUUUCAACGAGAUGCUCAACACCACCUGGUACCAAAUUCUGAUUUAUAGAUUUUCAUGGUUUAAACGACAAUAUACUGAAACGUGUUCAUUGAUUCCCAAAUGCCUCCUAACCCAAAGCUGAUGAAGGCCAUGUGGUUAAACAAGACUCAGUCUGAUCACUUCAUCUACAGUGGUGCUUGAAAGUUUGUGAAUCCUUUAGAAUUUUCUAUAUUUCUGCAUAAAUAUGACCUAAAACAGCAUCAGAUUUUCACACAAGUCCUAAAAGCAAAAAUAUUGUACUUGGUCAUUUAUUUAUUGAAGAAAAUGGUCCAAUAUUACAUAUCUGUGAGUGGCAAAAUGUAUGUGAACCUUUGCUUUCAUAUCUGGCGUGACCCCCUUGUGCAGCAAUAACUGCAACUAAACGUUUCCGGUAACUGUUGAUCAGUCCUGCACACUGGCUUGGAGGAAUUUUAGCCCGUUCCUCCGUACAGAACAGCUUCAACUCUGGGAUGUUGGUGGGUUGAACUGCUCGCUUCAGGUCCUUCCACAACAUUUCCAUUGGAUUAAGGUCAGGACUUUGACUUGGCCAUUCCAAAACAUUAACUUUAUUCUUCUUUAACCAUUCUUUGGUUGAACAACUUUGUGUGCUUAGGGUCGUUGUCUUGCUGCAUGACCAACCUUCUCUUGAGAUUCAGUUCAUGGACAGAUGUCCUGACAUUUUCCUUUAGAAUUCGCUGGUAUAAUUCAGAAUUCAUUGUUCCAUCAAUGAUGGCAAGCCAUCCUGACCCAGAUGCAGCAAAACAGGCCCAAACCAUGAUACUCCCACCACCAUAUUUCACAGAUGGGAUAAGGUUCUUAUGCUGGAAUGCAGUGUUUUCCUUUCUCCAAACAUAACGCUUCCCAUUUAAACCAAAAAGUUCUAUUUUGGUCUCAUCUGUCCACAAAACAUUUUUCCAAUAGCCUUCUGGCUUUUCCACGUGAUCUUUAGCAAACUGCAGACAAGCAGCAAUGCUCUUUUUGGAGAGAGGUGGCUUUCUCCUUGCAACCCUACCAUGCACACCAUUGUUGUUCAGUGUUCUCCUGAUGGUGGACUCAUGAACAUUAACAUUAGCCAAUGUGAGAGAGGCCUUCAGUUGCUUAGAAGUUACCCUGGGGUCCUUUGUGACCUUGCCGAUUAUUACAUGCCUUGAUCUUGGAGUGAUCUUUGUUGGUCGACCACUCCUGGGGAGGGUAACAGUGGUCUUGAAUUUCCUCCAUUUGUACACAGUCUGUCUGACUGUGGAUUGGUGGAGCCCAGACUCUUUAGAGAUGGUUUUGUAACCUUUUCCUGCCUGAUGAGCAUCAGCAACGCUUUUUCUGAGGUCCUCAGAAAUCUCCUUUGUUUGUGCCAUGAUACACUUCCACAAACAUGUGUAGUGAAGAUCAGACUUUGAUAGAUCCCUGUUCUUUAAAUAAAACAGGGUGCCCACUCACACCUGAUUGUCAUCCCAUUGACUGAAAACACCUGACUUUAAUUUCACCUUCAAAUUAACUGCUAAUCCUAGAGGUUCACAUACUUUUGCCACUCACAGAUAUGUAAUAUUGGAUCAUUUUCCUCAGUAAAUAAAUGACCAAGUAUAAUAUUUUAAUCUCAUUUGUUUAACUGGGUUCUGUUUAUCUACUUUUAGGACUUGUGUUAAAAUCUGAUAAUGUUUUAGGUCAUAUUUAUGCAGAAAUAUAGAAAAUUCUAAAGGGUUCACAAACUUUCAAGCACCACUGUAAAAUUAAGGUGAUCUCCACACUGUGGUGCUGUUGGGAUGCCGGGCCUUGACCUGUUGCUCACAGCUACUGAGAAGUGCAUCUGCUCUUACACGUGUGUAAAUGACUACUUGCGUUUUACUUUGCUUUUACAGAUACUUGCUUCUAUUUGUGAAUAUCAACAGCAAGAAAAGACAAGGUGUUUUUUUUUUUAAAUAAAAAAGAAACUACAAUUUGAUACCUAAGCCAGAGUGUUCAGUGUGACCUUUGACCUUUCUCGCCCUUUUGACCUGUGCAUUCUCAACGAUGAGAUAGAUGUGUAUUUUCAGGUUUGACAAUGUUUUGCAUUUCAAGUGUUACAUAAAUAAUUUUUCUCUA